CCGCGCCCGGCCCGCCCGCCUGCCCGCCCGCGGCCAUGGCCGUCCGGCCCGGCCUGUGGCCAGCGCUCCUGGGCAUAGUCCUCGCCGCUUGGCUCCGCGGCUCGGGUGCCCAGCAGAGUGCCACCGUGGCCAACCCAGUGCCUGGUGCCAUCCCGGACCUGCUUCCCCACUUCCUGGUGGAGCCCGAGGAUGUGUACAUCGUCAAGAACAAGCCAGUGCUGCUGGUGUGCAAGGCCGUGCCCGCCACGCAGAUCUUCUUCAAGUGCAACGGGGAGUGGGUGCGCCAGGUGGACCACGUGAUCGAGCGCAGCACAGACGGGAGCAGCGGGCUGCCCACCAUGGAGGUCCGCAUUAAUGUCUCAAGGCAGCAGGUGGAGAAGGUGUUCGGGCUGGAGGAAUACUGGUGCCAGUGCGUGGCAUGGAGCUCCUCGGGCACCACCAAGAGUCAGAAGGCCUACAUCCGCAUAGCCUAUUUGCGCAAGAACUUCGAGCAGGAGCCGCUGGCCAAGGAGGUGUCCCUGGAGCAGGGCAUCGUGCUGCCCUGCCGUCCACCGGAGGGCAUCCCUCCAGCUGAGGUGGAAUGGCUCCGGAAUGAGGACCUGGUGGACCCAUCCCUGGACCCCAAUGUAUACAUCACGCGGGAGCACAGCCUGGUGGUGCGACAGGCCCGCCUUGCUGACACGGCCAACUACACCUGCGUGGCCAAGAACAUCGUGGCACGUCGCCGCAGCGCCUCCGCUGCUGUCAUCGUCUACGUGAACGGUGGGUGGUCGACGUGGACCGAGUGGUCCGUCUGCAGCGCCAGCUGUGGGCGCGGCUGGCAGAAACGGAGCCGGAGCUGCACCAACCCGGCGCCUCUCAACGGGGGCGCUUUCUGUGAGGGGCAGAAUGUCCAGAAAACAGCCUGCGCCACCCUGUGCCCAGUGGACGGCAGCUGGAGCCCGUGGAGCAAGUGGUCGGCCUGUGGGCUGGACUGCACCCACUGGCGGAGCCGUGAGUGCUCUGACCCAGCACCCCGCAACGGAGGGGAGGAGUGCCAGGGCACUGACCUGGACACCCGCAACUGUACCAGUGACCUCUGUGUACACACUGCUUCUGGCCCUGAGGACGUGGCCCUCUAUGUGGGCCUCAUCGCCGUGGCCGUCUGCCUGGUCCUGCUGCUGCUUGUCCUCAUCCUCGUUUAUUGCCGGAAGAAGGAGGGGCUGGACUCAGAUGUGGCUGACUCGUCCAUUCUCACCUCAGGCUUCCAGCCCGUCAGCAUCAAGCCCAGCAAAGCAGACAACCCCCAUCUGCUCACCAUCCAGCCGGACCUCAGCACCACCACCACCACCUACCAGGGCAGUCUCUGUCCCCGGCAGGAUGGGCCCAGCCCCAAGUUCCAGCUCACCAAUGGGCACCUGCUCAGCCCCCUGGGUGGUGGCCGCCACACACUGCACCACAGCUCUCCCACCUCUGAAGCCGAGGAGUUCGUCUCCCGCCUCUCCACCCAGAACUACUUCCGUUCCCUGCCCCGAGGCACCAGCAACAUGACCUAUGGGACCUUCAACUUCCUCGGGGGCCGGCUGAUGAUCCCUAAUACAGGAAUCAGCCUCCUCAUCCCCCCAGAUGCCAUACCCCGAGGGAAGAUCUAUGAGAUCUACCUCACGCUGCACAAGCCGGAAGACGUGAGGUUGCCCCUAGCUGGCUGUCAGACCCUGCUGAGUCCCAUCGUUAGCUGCGGACCCCCUGGCGUCCUGCUCACCCGGCCAGUCAUCCUGGCUAUGGACCACUGUGGGGAGCCCAGCCCUGACAGCUGGAGCCUGCGCCUCAAAAAGCAGUCGUGCGAGGGCAGCUGGGAGGAUGUGCUGCACCUGGGCGAGGAGGCGCCCUCCCACCUCUACUACUGCCAGCUGGAGGCCAGUGCCUGCUACGUCUUCACCGAGCAGCUGGGCCGCUUUGCCCUGGUGGGAGAGGCCCUCAGCGUGGCUGCCGCCAAGCGCCUCAAGCUGCUUCUGUUUGCGCCGGUGGCCUGCACCUCCCUCGAGUACAACAUCCGGGUCUACUGCCUGCAUGACACCCAUGAUGCACUCAAGGAGGUGGUGCAGCUGGAGAAGCAGCUGGGGGGACAGCUGAUCCAGGAGCCACGGGUCCUGCACUUCAAGGACAGUUACCACAACCUGCGCCUAUCCAUCCACGAUGUGCCCAGCUCCCUGUGGAAGAGUAAGCUCCUUGUCAGCUACCAGGAGAUCCCCUUUUAUCACAUCUGGAAUGGCACGCAGCAGUACUUGCACUGCACCUUCACCCUGGAGCGUGUCAGCCCCAGCACUAGUGACCUGGCCUGCAAGCUGUGGGUGUGGCAGGUGGAGGGCGACGGGCAGAGCUUCAGCAUCAACUUCAACAUCACCAAGGACACAAGGUUUGCUGAGCUGCUGGCUCUGGAGAGUGAAGGGGGGGUCCCAGCCCUGGUGGGCCCCAGUGCCUUCAAGAUCCCCUUCCUCAUUCGGCAGAAAAUCAUUUCCAGCCUGGACCCACCCUGUAGCCGGGGUGCCGACUGGCGGACUCUGGCCCAGAAACUCCACCUGGACAGCCAUCUCAGCUUCUUUGCCUCCAAGCCCAGCCCCACAGCCAUGAUCCUCAACCUGUGGGAGGCGCGGCACUUCCCCAACGGCAACCUCAGCCAGCUGGCUGCAGCAGUGGCUGGACUGGGCCAGCCAGACGCUGGCCUCUUCACAGUGUCGGAGGCUGAGUGCUGAGGCCGGCCAGGCCCAACACCUACACUCUCACCAGCUUUGGCACCCACCAAGGACAGGCAGAAGCCGGACAGGGGCCCUUCCCCACACCGGGGAGAGCUGCUCGGACAGGCCCCCUCCCGGCCGAAGCUGUCCCUUAAUGCUGGUCCUUCAGACCCUGCCCGAACUCCCACCUCUCCAUGGCCUGCCUAGCCAGGCUGGCACUGCCACCUGCUCACACUCGGCCCCAGGGCCCAGGAGGGACAGUGCCUGGAGCCUGGGCCAGGCCCAGCCCAUCUGUGUGUGUGUAUGUGCGUGUGAUGCUACCUCUCCUCCCGUCCCUCUCCAGGGGCCCCGCAUACACACGGCCAUGCACGCACACACUGGGCCUGGGCCAGGGCCCCAGAGCUCCUGCCUGAGCUGGACCUUAUGCAAACAUUUCUGUGCCUGCUGGGUAGGGGCACGUCUGAGGGGCCCUGCUCCAAGCCUGCAGGACCGAGGGCCACAGCCGGACAGGGGGUAGCCCCUGGAUUCAGGCACACGACCACCACACGAGCACGUGCCACGCACGCCUCGUGUGCUCAUCUCACACACACCCCCCUCCCGGGUCAUGCAGACACCCCCCAACCACACACAUCUCAUGCUGUACACCUGAGGCUGCUCACGUCUCAUGCCCAGUGUUGGUGCACAUUUGCCUCUCACAUGCUGCCCUCUCCACCCACCCAGGGACACCCCACGGCUCCUCCCUGCCCCUGCCCCUCCCCCAGCCUCGAGGUGCCCUGCCCGGCGGGGCCUGUGAAUAUGCAAUGGGAGUCCCGGGCUGUACAGUGGCGAGUGUGUGUGGCGUGGCGUGCCCGUCCCCAGGGCUGGCUGGUGCCCCACGCGGGGCCUGUCAUGUGAAGCUCGUGUCCUGACUUUGUCUUAAGUGCAUUCACGCACUUACUCUUGGCCUUAUGUACACAGCCUUGCCCGGCCGCCGGGGCACAUAGGGGUUUUAUCGGACGUGAAUGUAAAUAAAUUAUAUAUAUAUAUUGCUAA